AUGCGUCCCGACGCCAUCUCCGUUCUCGCAGCCUUCCUCGCUGUAGGCGGUCUUGAGCUCGUCGCAGCUCAAGAUGCCCCCGAAGCCCACGUUCAGCGACCCCGUUGGUACUUCCCGCAGGAAGUCAAGCGAACUAUUCGCAGAAACGCUGAGCCCGAACCUGGCUCAAUCUUCGAUGCCGUCUUCGACAACGUGAUUCCUACCCAAGUUUCUUCAUCCACGGCUACGCCCACCCCCGAAACCACCCCCGAAUCCUCGGCUGCCGUUCAGCCCCAGCAGGGACAGGAAGUGGUUAUUGUGACCAUCUCGAUCGACCCCAAGAACCCCGAGAUCACCCAUCGUAUCACUGGUACUACGACUAUUGGAGGUGAACCGACUAGCACCACUACCACGACUACGCAGCAGACAGAGGGUUCGAGCACCGAGAACACGAGUACGCAGAACUCCGAGGCCGCAUCUACCGAUGCGGGAGCCACGAGCCAGCAGGGAUCGGUGGUCGACUCAUCAGCCGAGGCCGCUACUACGUCUCCUUCGGCCACGACCUCUAGCGAUGGUAUCCUUGGUGACUUGACCUCGAAUGUGGGCAGUAUACUCGGGGUUGAUUCUAUCUCCCCGACUACGACCCCGGUCUCAUCGGCUCUGGUAUCUUCGCCUACUUCUGCUGCUGCUGCUGCCACUACGUCCUCGACUACAUCCUCGACUACGACCCCGGUCUCCGACUCACCGGCUGUAGUUCCUUCGGUUACUUCUACUGCUGCCGCUGCUGCUGCUACAUCAUCUAGCGGUGGUAUCCUUAGUGAUUUGACCUCGGAUGUGGGUAACCUUCUCGGCAGUACUUCCACAUCCUCGAGUGCGGUCAUAUCCUCGACUACGACCCCGGUCUCCGACUCAUCUGCUGUGGUACCUUCGUCUGCUUCUACUACUGCUACUGCAUCCUCUAGCGGUGGUAUCCUCAGUGAUUUGACCUCGGAUGUGGGUAACCUUCUCGGUAGUACUUCCACAUCCUCGAGUGCGGUCAUAUCCUCGACUUCGAUUCCCGCCUCCGGCUCAUCGGCUGUGGUAACUUCGGCUACUUCUACUGCUGCUGCUGCUACCACAUCAUCUAGCGACAGUCUCUUGAGUGAUUUGACCUCGAAUGUGGGUAACCUCCUAGGCAGUAGUGCUGUAUCCUCGACUGCGAUCCCCACCUCCGGCUCAUCGGCUGUGGUAACUUCGGCUACUUCUACUGCUGCUGCUGCUACCACAUCAUCUAGCGACGGUCUCCUGAGUAAUUUGACCUCGAAUGUGGGCAGUAUCCUCGGAGUUGAUUCUAUCUCCUCGACUGCGGCCCCCGCCUCCGGCUCAUCAGCUGUGGUCACUUCGCCUAUUUCUUCUGCUACUGCUACAUCUAGCGGCGGUCUCCUAAGUGAUUUGACCUCGAAUGUGGGCAACCUCGUCGGAGGUGGUUCCACAUCCUUGACUACCCCCGUCUCCGACUUAUCAGCUAAGGUAACUUCGUCUGCUUCUUCUACUCCUUUUGCAUCCUCCAGCGACAGUGUCCUUGGUGACCUAACCUCGGGAUUGGGCGGCAUUCUGGGCGAAUCAACAACCUCCGUGUCUGCGACACCCACUGGAUCUUCUAGCGCCAACAAGAUCAGCAGUGCAGCCUCAAGCAUGGCAAGCUCGGGGUCGGAUCUUUCUGCCCUUUUGGGUUUGGGUGACAAGUCUUCCACCGGUAACAGCACAAGUGCUACUGUGUCCUCCGACCCGUAUAGUUCGCCUACCAUUCCAGUCAGCGUGCCUGCGUUUGCUACUAGCUCACCGUUAGCCACCCCCACCCCCACUGGAACUACAACUCCUGGUGAUCUCGUCGGCAGUCUCGUGUCAAGCGUGGAUUCCGUCCUUGGUGUCACCUCUACUGGCACUGGUAGCACUGCUUUGAUUCCGACUGCGUCUAUUCCAAAUGGUAGUCUUCUGCCGUCCAAGUCGACUGCUCUCAUUCCUGGCCAGGGAGGUACCAACACUGGUGCCAUCCCCACCCCGACCAAGACCCUGGGAUCAGUUCCUGUCCCACAGUCGCCCGGAUCUGAUUCUACCUCUACUUCUGAAUCCGCAACUGUCUCUGGUUCUAGUAUCUGGGCUCCUUUCUUAGGUACUACUACCACCGCCGCCUCUGUUCCGGGUAGUGCCUCUUACGAGAGCUCCAAGGUUCCCACCCCCACCCCCACCUCUCACUCAGCCUACAUUCCUCUUCCCGUGUCGUCUUCGACGACGAGCGAAGAAGCGAGCACGGCUAAGACCACCGUGGAGUCUCAGACGACAGAGAUGCCUACGCUCUCUACCUCCACUUCCACUUCCACCUCCACCUCCAACGACAAUGACUGGAUGCCAUCGACUAUUCUUAUUGUGCCUACCGUCACCGCCACGGAGAGCUCGACCUCCGGCGAGACUGCGAAGCCCACGGCACCACCAUCGCUCCCUGGCUCUAUCACCCCGUCGAAUGAAGUCACCGAGGCUCCGUCUGACUCUAUUCUGCUCCAGCUUGGUUUCAACAGUCAGCUGCCCUGGUCAUUUGUUGCAACUACACCCUUGUCGUCGUCGCAGAUCUUCAACUAUACCCCCCAGGCUAUAGAGAACGCUUUGCCAAACCUCUCUGCUCAGGACAGCCCUGUUAUGUUUGCUAUUGAGCCUUACUAUAACUGGCAGUCCACGGGAUAUAACGCCACCAUUGCUAUCUUCUAUUUCCCUCGGGAUAAGGUCGAUGCCCUGAAAGCGCUUAAAGUUAACCCCAAUUCUGCUCUCUACACCCAAGCUAGUGAAUCCAUCCAGUCAUUGAUGUCAAUGGUUGACCCCACAAUUCCCCUCGAGUUCUCUGGAAACUACCCCAGUGGCGAAAGCGACUCGACUGGCAGUAUCAAGAAUGGCGGCAGCGAUGACGGCACGGACAGUGGCACUAGCGACAAUACCGAUGGCUCUGCCGGAAGCUCCAAGGCUAAGGCUAGCUCCGUGGGAAUCGGAGUUGGUGUUGUGGCCGGUGCUGCCGCUUACGGUGCGGGUAUGUUCUGGGUUGCCCGCCGCUACCGCAAGAGAAAGCAGCUGCACCAGCGCUCCAGCUCUACCGCUGAGCAGAUGAGCCAGGGAGGCUCCGCCGCUGGUUCGAUGUUUGCUUCCGGUGGUCGCGCCCCCAGCCAAGGAAGCCGUGGCACUGCUCGUUCACAGAUGAUCAGUGCUCCCGUUAUGGCAGAGAAUUCUUUGGGAUGGAACUAG